AUGGAAUCCAUCACGGAAUCAUCAAAGCCUCCUUCUCAUGUUUCUAACCCACGUAAGCCUUCUCUCUCCCCCUCAUUUUCCUUCCCUAUUCGAGCCCCUCUCACUCUAGACGACGAUAGUUCUGAUUUUGAACCAAACGACAAUGAAUUUGGCAACACCAGUAGCAGCGAAGACAGUGGGAAUGAGUCCGAAACGACAUCGGAGAGGCCUGGUAGGCCUUUUGUUGCCCAUUCAUACGACAACAAAAGCUUAGAGAGUGGUUCCGAAGGUGAAACCGAAAAUCAAAAUCCUAAGUGGGUUAGGCCCAUUGCUAAGCUUUCUUGGGAUGAUGAUGAUGAUGGUAGUGAUUUGGUGGGUAGUGAAGUGGAAUAUGGAGAUUCUUUGUUUGAGAGUAUUGGGGUUGUGGAGAAGAUUGGUAUUGCACCAAGAAUUAAGGUUUUGGGGGCUGAAGAAGAAGAAGAAGAAGAAGAAGAAAAGGGUGUUGAUGAAAAUGGUUUUAUGGGAUUUGAAGAAGGUGAUAAGUUUGAGGACUUUAAUGUUGUUGUCGUUAAUGAAGAUUCUAAUGGUUCGGAGUUGCUAAAGGAAGAAAAGGGUGUUGAAGAUUGUUGUCCAAAAGAAGAUUGUUAUGCAGUGGAAGAAGAACCUGUGGUUUGUCAAAGCAGAAACGACAACAGUCUUAGUCUUGACAUUGAUGUGAUGCUUGAGAGGGAAAUGAAUACGGAUAUUGGUUUAGAUCGUGCCGAGGAUAAGUCGGUCGAUGAUGUCGUUGAAUUCGUUGGAGAUGAGCAUGAUUUUAGGAGGUUUGAGAUGUCUAAGCAAGCUGAGGAGCCUGCGGAGACGGGUAAGUGUGAUUUUUCGGAAGUAAUUGAGGUUGAUGGAUAUGAAAACGCGCUGUAUAGUGAUUCUAGCUUGGAUCACAGUGUAAAACUAGGAGCAGAUUUUGAAGAAGGAUGUGAUGAAGAAGAAGAAAUUGAAGGAGGAAAACGUAGUUCUGUUUCUGAUGCCGAAGAUUUGAUAUCUGGGAGCUCUGAAGUAACUAAACCGAUCAUGAACGAAAUCGACACCGAUGGUGAUGGUGAAGGACAAGAUUCGUAUGACUCCGCAACACUAAUGGCUAUCUUGGAUGCAGCAACUAGUGCUAAUGGCUCAGGAGUACUCACUGUUGAUGACUCUAGUCAAAAACUAGCUCCUCAACAGACUUUAACUCCUUUAGAACUUAGAGUUGAAGAUGAACCCGAGGACAACUUAAGCGCGGAUGAAAAGAAGAAGAUCAAGAAGAUGCAACUCUUGAGAGUGAAUUUCUUGAGGCUUGUUCACAGACUUGGCAUUUCUCUUGAAGAUUCCGUGGUUAACAAAGUCUUAGACGGUUUGGUCCUUGCUUUUGGGGAACACAAUGGUUAUUUUGUUGCUCUUGAAUCAGCAAAGAGAAUGGCCUUGGAUCUUGAAGCUGAGAAGGAAAGUGACUUGGACUUCUGUUUGAACAUUCUGGUUCUUGGGAAAUCUGGAGUGGGAAAAAGCGCAACGAUCAACUUCAUUUUCGGCGAGAAGAAAGCUGCAAUCCACGCGUUUGAACCCGCCACUAAUUCUUUGAAAGAAAUUGUUGGAACAAUAGAAGGAGUCAAGAUCAAAAUCCUUGACACACCAGGUCUAAAAAUUCCUGCUAUUGAACAAGCUGCAAACCAAAAGAUACUAGCAGCUAUAAGUAAAUUCAUGAAGAAGUCCCCUCCGGAUGUCGUUCUUUAUGUCGAUCGAUUGGACACUGAAACCGGAGAUAACGAUCUUCCUAUGCUGAAAUCAAUCACUAAAUCUCUUGGCUCCGAAAUAUGGCAAAAGACUAUUGUCACUCUCACACAUUCAGCUUCUUCCCCUCCAGAUGGACCUUUAGGCUUACCCCUUAGCCACGACAUCUUUGUCGCGCGAAAAUCCCGCGCUGUUCUGCAGUCUAUCAGCAGGGCUGCUGGUAACAAGCAUUUGUUGAAUCCAAGUUUCAUGUGUCCCGUGGCUCUUGUUGAGAACUCUCCACUGUUCUCUCAAGAUUCUCUCAUGAGAUCCCAGUUGUUGCUCUUGUGCUACUCCAGAAAGGUCCUAUCAGAAGCGAGUUCCUUAUCACCGCUCGAAAUUUCCUCCGAUUGGAGAAAAUUUAUUGGGCUACCAGUGUCAUAUCUGCUCCCGUCUCAUCCUCAUCCAAAUCACGGUGAUACUUUCGACUCUUACAUCGAGUUUGGGGACUUGUGUGAUUCAGAAAGUGAAAAUGAAGAUGAGGAUGAGUAUGACAAGCUUCCUCCUUUCAGGCCUCUGCUGAAGUCUCAGGUUGCUAAGCUCAACAAGGAGCAAAGGAAAGCUUAUUUCGAGGAGUACGAUUAUCGCGUGAAGCUCUUCGAAAGGAAACAACGGAAAGAGGCUCUUAAAAGGCUGAGGGAAAUUAAGAACAAAGGGAAAGAUGGUGCAAAUGUUGGCCAUGAUAUUGGUGAUGAUGGUGAGGAGGGGGACGAAAAUUUUAAUCCAGCAGCUGAAUCGCUACCGCUUUCCUUUGAUGGAGAUGAUCACGCCUACAGAUACCGGUCUUUGGUGCCGGGGUCGAAGCUUCUUGUGGGGCCAGUUGUUCAAACUCAUGGUUGGGACCACGACUGCGGCUGGGACGGCGUUAGCAUGGAGAGGGAUUUCGCUGUUGCUGGUCGGUUACCAGCUGCAUUUCAUGUCCAGAUCACAAAGGAUAAGAAUGAGCUCAAUGUCCACUUGGAUUCCUCAAUCUCAUUGAAGCAUGGAGAGAAAGGCUCUACCUUGGCAAGACUAUAUGUUGAGACUUUUGGGACUCAGCUUGGUUACAUCCUAAGAGGCGAAACCAAAGUGAGAAGCUUCCUGGACGAAAAUGUGGCGGCAGGACUCAAAAUCGAGGACCAGAUUGCGGUGGGGAAGCGUCUGCUGUUGGCAGCAGGCGCUGGAGCUGUGCAGUAUAAUGGUGAGGCCGCGUGUGGGGCCAAUUUCGAGGUGCGCCUCAAGGAUGAGGAUUUCCCUGUAAGGCAGGAUGAACAAUCCAGUUUGGGGCUGUGUCUGAUGAAAUGGAGAGGUUGCAAGGCUCUAACAGCCGUUGUAGAGUCCCGAUUCGCCAUUGGAGGGAGCUCAAAAAUGGUGGUUAGUUUCGGAUUGAACAACGAGCGAAGGGGACGGAUUAGUAUCAAAACAAGCAGCUCAGAUCAGCUACAGAUAACACUGGCUGGAAUUCUUCCAGUUCUGGUUUCAAUCAUUGGAAGUAUCUGCUGUGGAUUUGGAGCCCAAAACUAG